AUGCGUCAGUCCCGCGGGGGUAGGCCGAGUCUGAGACAAGGCCUGGAUCGAGAGGUCUAUCAAAUCGUGCGCAAGAUCAUUGACGACCAGCCGGAGGGUGAGAAGGUUCGUCUUUCGGUAUCUACGAUUUACGACACCAUCAAGCGGUCGAAUUCCAGCUUGAACCGGAAACCGAAGCGGAUACUGGAGGACAGCAUUGAACGUGUUGUGGAGGUGGUCAAGACCGAUGUGCUUGGAGAGGAUGAGGAAGAUUCGGUGAACGGGGACUUUGAAGGCCUGGAGGAGCAAGCGCAGCCAGUUCCGGAUUCCAACAGCCUCAACCGGAGCCUUGUCGGGAUGUGGAACACCACCACAGCCUCGAAAACACAAAAGGCUCCUGAAUCCAAUAGUGUCGAAAAUGCUACACCUGCACCAACAUCUAGCAAGAGACGACUUGGAGGAGAUUCUGGCUCAUCCAAGCGUCGCAAGGCCGACAGUGCGGUCGAUCGAUCCCCUCCAACGCAUGUUAGUCUUGCGGACCUGGGUGGCUUGGAUGAUGUGGUUCAGGAGCUGGGAGACCUCCUCAUUCUGCCCAUGACCCGCCCGCAAGUCUACAUGUCGUCGAAUGUCCAACCUCCGCGCGGUGUGCUACUGCAUGGCCCGCCGGGUUGUGGUAAAACUAUGAUUGCCAAUGCUUUCGCAGCUGAGCUUGGCAUCCCGUUCAUUCCCAUAUCUGCUCCAUCUAUAGUAUCAGGAAUGUCUGGAGAGUCCGAGAAGGCUUUACGAGAGCAUUUCGAAGAAGCCAAGCGAAUUGCUCCCUGUCUCAUUUUUAUCGACGAGAUCGACGCCAUCACUCCCAAGCGAGAGAGCGCACAGAGAGAGAUGGAAAAGCGGAUUGUUGCACAGCUCUUGACCUGCAUGGACGACCUGGCAUUGGAUAAGACUGAUGGCAAACCCGUCAUCGUCCUGGCAGCUACAAACCGCCCCGACAGCUUAGACGCAGCGCUACGCCGAGGAGGUCGAUUCGACAAAGAAAUCAACAUGACUGUUCCGUCAGAGCCAGUCAGAGAGCAGAUUCUCCGUGCGCUUACGCGGAAAAUGCGCCUCGCCGAUGAUCUGGACUUCAAGACUCUGGCCAAACGGACACCGGGCUUUGUUGGUGCUGAUCUCAACGAUCUGGUCUCCACAGCGGGCUCUGCCGCCAUCAAACGGUACUUAGAACUGCUCAAAUCGAACAGUGGGGAAGAGAUGGAUAUCGAGACACCAGAUGAUGAUGGUCUUAGCCCCAAGGUUAAAGAGUUACGACGAUUAAUUGUGCACGCUAAGGAGAUGCCGGCUGGCGACGAGACCCAGGUGGUCUUGGUUUCUAAUGCCGACUUCUUUACUGCUCUUCCCAAGAUCCAGCCCUCGUCCAAGCGUGAAGGCUUCGCAACCAUUCCAGACACUACAUGGGCAGACAUUGGUGCUCUGGGAGGUAUUCGCGACGAGCUUUCUACGGCGAUCGUGGAACCGAUCAAGAAUCCCGACCUGUACGCAAGUGUGGGUAUUACAGCGCCCACCGGUGUUCUGCUCUGGGGCCCCCCCGGUUGCGGUAAGACGCUGCUGGCCAAGGCUGUGGCCAACGAGUCGCGCGCCAACUUCAUCAGCGUCAAGGGCCCCGAACUGCUCAACAAGUUCGUUGGUGAAUCUGAGCGUGCCGUACGGCAAGUGUUUGUUCGUGCUCGCUCGUCAGUUCCUUGCGUGAUAUUCUUCGACGAACUCGACGCCCUGGUUCCCCGCCGAGACGAUACCCUCUCCGAGGCUUCCGCUCGUGUCGUGAACACCCUCCUCACUGAACUCGACGGUCUCGGCAGCAGUCGCCAAGGCAUCUUUGUGAUUGCCGCCACGAACAGACCCGAUAUCAUCGAUCCCGCUAUGCUUCGCCCCGGGCGGCUUGAGACGCUUCUCUUCGUCAACCUGCCCAGCCCCUUGGAGCGCGCGGACAUCUUGCAGACUCUGGUGCGCAAGCUUCCCAUCGAGUUCAACGAAGAUCUCAGAAGACUUGCCGAGGAGUGCGAAGGGUUCAGCGGUGCCGAUCUGGGAAGUUUGCUCCGCCGGGCUGGUUACUCUGCUAUCAAACGUCGCGAUGCAAUCAAGUUUGAGGAUUUCGUGGCUGCUAAGGCUUUCAUUCGGCCUAGUGUUACCGAUUUGAAGAAGUACGAAAAACUCAGGAGAGAUUGGAGCGGUGGUGUGAUAUAG